CAACCAUUAAUAAAUACCCGUGACACGAUGUCGGUAUCAAAUUCAAUCGCACCCACCAUUACCACCGAUCAAGAAGAUCGAUCUAGCUAGCUAGCUAGGUAUCGCCUUUAAUCAAUAAUCCUGUACUCAGAUUAACUGAACUCCAUGGGAAAUAGUUUGGGAGCUAAGAAGACCGCGAAGGUCAUGAAAAUUAAUGGCGAAACGUUGAAGUUGAAGAUACCGGUGGAAGCCGGCGAGGUGGUGAAAGACUACCCAGGUCAUGUUUUGCUAGAUUCCGAGGCAGUUAAGCAUUAUGGGGUUCGAGCGAAGGCUUUGGAACCGCACCAACAGCUGGAGCCGAGGAGGCUCUACUUCCUGGUGGAGCUGCCGCAGGAUCCAAAAGCGCACGUUCCGAGAAGAGCCCGGUCGGGGAUAAACAUGAGCGCCAAGGACCGGCUCGAGAGCCUGAUGCUGGCUCGGAGGUCGGUGUCUGACCUUUCCAGCAUGAAGCCGACAAGCAUGUCGCUCGAGGAGUCCGCCACGCGGGUCAGAAUGAGGCUCCCGAGGGCAGAGGUGGAGAAGCUGUUGAAGGAAAGCAAAGACGAGGCGGAGGCAGCUGAGAAGAUUAUGGAUCUUUGCCGGGCGAAGACCGGCGGGAAUGGUGAGCAUGAAACUACAGCAAAGGACCAACAACAAGCGCAUUGGAAGGAUGGCCAUGCAAGAGCUAAAGAGGGUAUCAAAGGGCGCGAGAAGCGAGUGAGUUUCAUGCCAAUCAAUGAAGGAGAGAAUCAAAUAGCCGUGGCUUCCAGAUGAAAUUAAUGGAGCGUUCGAGGCAAAGAAAUAUAGAUGACGAUGCGCGUGGAUCAGGAUUUUUCUCAAAUUAUUUACUCGAAUUUAAAAAAAUUUAAACAUGUGAUUGUCAGAAACUACUUAUCUGGUUGAUCAGGUGAAUUUCAUACGUAGUUUUUAACAAUCAUCUGUCCGAAAUUUUUUUAAAUUCAAACAAAUAAUUUGAAAGGAUUUCUAAUUUCUUUUUCUUCUUAUUCUUUUUUUCUUUCGUUUUUUUUUUUUUAGUAAAAAUAUAGAGAAUCCUAAUCCGCAUAUGUGGUCCACGCUCGAGAAUUGAAGCUUUUUUUCAUUCUCUCUUAUUGAGAGGGAUACCUAAUAAGCCAAAUACUUGGGUGGUGCGUACGUCUUAGUUUUGUACAUGGAACAAGAAAAGCUGUUGGACGCUGAUAUAAUAUAUACCAUCUUUAUGUGAUC